AUGAGUGAGUUAGUUCAGCAGGCAGCUGUUUUGCAGAAGUAUUUGGAGUUGGACCAGAGGGGGGUUAUUAUUGCGGAGUAUGUUUGGAUUGAUUCCACGGGUAAUUUGCGUUCCAAGGGACGGACUUUGGGGAAGAAGGUGAAUUCUGUGGAUGAGUUACCGGAGUGGAAUUUUGAUGGGUCGUCUACGGGGCAGGCGCCAGGGCAUGAUUCGGAUGUGUAUUUGAAGCCGGUUGCGUUUUAUGCUGAUCCGUUUAGGAAGGGGGACAACAUUAUUGUGUUGUCUGAAUGCUGGAACAACGAUGGGACGCCUAACAAGUUCAAUCACAGACACGAGGCUGCGAAGUUGUUUGAGGCGCACAAGAGCGCGGAUCUAUGGUUUGGGUUGGAGCAGGAGUACACGUUGUUUGACCAGUUCGAUAAUGUUUACGGGUGGCCCAAGGGGGGAUAUCCUGCGCCUCAGGGCCCAUACUACUGUGGAGUUGGUGCUGGGAAGGUGUUUGCUAGGGAUGUGAUCGAGGCGCAUUACCGGGCGUGCCUCUAUGCCGGGGUGCAUAUUUCCGGUAUCAAUGCUGAGGUGAUGCCAUCGCAGUGGGAGUUCCAGGUGGGGCCUUGUACAGACAUCUCCAUGGGGGACGAGCUAUGGAUUGCCAGAUACUUGUUGCACAGAGUUGCUGAGGAGUUUGGCGUCAAGGUUUCGUUCCAUCCAAAGCCCUUGAAGGGAGAUUGGAAUGGUGCCGGUUGUCAUGCUAAUGUCUCUACGAAGGAGAUGAGGGCGCCUGGAGGUAUGAAGUAUAUCGAAGCGGCUAUCGAGAAGUUGUCAAAGAGGCACGUCGAACACAUCAAGUUGUACGGUAGUGACAAUGAACAGAGGUUGACCGGCAGUUUCGAAACGUCGUCGAUGUCUUCCUUCUCCUCUGGUGUCGCGAAUAGAGGUGCAUCCAUCAGAAUUCCAAGAUCCGUUAACAGGGAGGGACGUGGUUACUUUGAGGACCGCAGACCUGCAUCUAACAUUGAUCCGUACUUGGUUACCGGUAUUAUGUGUGAAACUAUAUGUGGCGCCAUAGAGAAUGCCGAUAUGUCUAAAGAAUUUGAAAGAGAAUCCUCUUAA